AUGCUUCAGCUCCAGCUCCAGCGACUGACUCUUUCUCCCCGUCUAGUCUGCCCGAAUUGCAGCAAUGCGCUGACCGUUGCCCGUGCCGAAUCGACCAACAAUCACCCCAUGGGUGUGAACCGAUUCGAGUGUCGAACCUGCCCCUACGAGUGGGCGCUUGAGAAGAAGUGGUUCGAGCGCACCGACAUGAAGCAGAAGGAGGUUGAAGAGGCGCUUGGCGGAAAGGACGAGUGGAAGAAUGCGGACAGUGUGGCCACGCAAUGCCCCAAGGAAGGCUGCAAUGGCGAGCGAGCAUACUUCUACCAGCUGCAGAUUCGCAGUGCAGAUGAGCCGAUGACUACAUUCCUGCGGUGCACUAAAUGUGCCACCCAGUGGAGAGAGAACUAA